UGUGAGAGUCAGACAGUCUGUGAUACAGGAAUACAAGAUGGAUUCCAGCUCACAUAAAUUCUAUCAUGAACACGGCUUUGAUUCUAGAGAACAUCUGGAAACAUAUUUUUCUAGCCAACAAGAAAUUGGAUUUGGAGACGAUUCAAUGAAAUUUCCAAUGGAAUGUUUACACCGUGCUUUCAGUGAGGGUCACAUUAAGGGAGAUCUUUUGAUUGACAUCAGUCCUGGAUCUUUCAUUCAUCAUCUCUAUACAGCCAGUGGAUUUUUCAAACAGAUCCUUGUGCUGAAGUGCACUGAGCAAUGUAUUAUGGAGCUGAACAAAUGGAUUAAUACACAUACAGGAGCGUUUGAUUGGUCUCACAUAAUGGAAUAUAUGAAAUGCCUAGAAGGAAACAGUGACCAGUGUCAGGACAAACACAUGACAUUGAAGACAGCAAUAACAAAGAUCAUGAAAUGUGACACUGACAAAGAGAAUCUCACAGACCCGGAUGUGCUCCCACCAGCAGACUGUGUCAUCAGUACAGGGAUGUUGGAUUUCAUCAGCAGAGACCAAGAUGAUUAUAUAAUGAAUUUCCGGAAAUUUGUGAAGCUACUAAAACCUGAUGGAUACCUGAUAUUGAUGGGGGGUUUAAAUACAACUUAUGCGAUGAUUGGGCAGGACAAGAUACAUAUGUUCAAAUAUGAUGAGAACUUUGUAAGAAAAGUUCUCGCUGAUGAGGGGUUUAUUAUUGACCACUGUGCAGUCCAGAAAAGAACCACAGUGAGUGACCUUUCUGACUAUAAGGCAGCUAUAUUUAUCACAGCUCAUAGAGAGUAAUAAGGGCCUGAUUCUGAGUUGCACGCUGUGUCAGGUGCAGUUGAGUGUUUUAUUUUGACUGCGUGUGCAUCUAAAUCGCAAUACGCAUGCAUCCUGAUAGUGCUUGUUCAGAGUCAAAAUACAAAAGGAGAGAGAAAAAAAGAAUGUCUCUUCACUGGUGCGCAAGAAAUAAUUAAAAAAUAACUUUUAUUAUAUUCGUUAAGAGUGUCCAAACACGAGAUAAAGACAAUACAAUACGACAAAAAAUACACUUAUUGUGAAUAAAGUGCUCAAUAAAGUGACAUUUAAA